AGAUGAAGUAUUGCAGUUGAAGUGGCCCAUUUAAGUCAAGUCAGUGCGAACAGGGGAGAGGCUUUACUGGGAUAUUGCAGUCUUAUCAGAAAUCAUGCCUUACGAGAUAAGGAUCUGUGCUUAUCUGAAUGAAAAGGAUUAGUGGAGCUACUUCAGAAAUUCUUCAGUGAAGGCUGCAUUUUAUGCUGUGGACAGUUGGCUGUGAGCAGGAGAACUGAAGAGUAGUAGGGUGCAGGAUGGAUUUGGAUGGCAGUCAUGAGGCGCGGAUUGAAUUUACCUCUGUUGCAAAGCAAAGUCCACCUAUUAUUAUUGGAGCAGAAGAUGAAGACUUUGAAAAUGACAUUGAUCCAAAUGUGGAUGAUCACUGCAGCUAUUUCAUGUGUUUAGAUAUGCUGAAAACUCACCCAGCACAUUUGAUGGCAUUUAUCCACCAUUCUAUACUGCAGUUUGACUGUGCUCCUGUGCUGGCUUAUCUUCAUGCUGAUCUUUUCAAGGAAUACAGUGCCAAAGAAUAUAAGAAACAAUUUGUAGAUUUCUACCACACAUUCCUGGAAAAAGGAGCGAUACUACGAGUUAAUUGUCCCCAACAUAUUUCCUAUGAAUUAGAUCGAAGUCGACCGGAUUUUAUCCCUGAAGAAACGCAAAAGAAGUUUUUAAAGGAUAUUCAGAGCAUUCAGUGUCCUGAGAUCAGUAAGCAGUUGGAAGAUUUCAGGUCAAAGCGUAUGAUGGGGAUGACUCCAGGAGAGGCUGAACUGAAAGAGUUGGAAUCUUACCGUACACGUGACAAAGUUCUGCUAGAGUCCAAGGCCAAGCAGCUAGCAGAGACAUUGUUAGCAAAGAUGGAAGAGUUACACCAGACCAAUGUUGCAGACGAGGAAAGAAGCACUGCUGUUUUCAAUGCAGUUGUUACCUAUAUGAAACAUCUGGGUGUGAAGGCAAAGGUACCUGACAAGAAAUCCAAGGGAGGUUUUUUCAGAAAAAAGAUUCCAGGAAUACCUAAAACUCGAGAGGAACCUGUGAGAUCUAAAAAUCGAAUUUUCUUUAAUCCCUGGAAUGCAGCUAAUCAGACCAGUUAUAAAGAGGGAGCUAGAGGUGACAGCGAAGGUGACAGAAGUGUAGAUCGGAAGACAAGUCAGGUUUCAAAAAUUGUAGAUCGCAGUGAUGGAAGUGGUGUUAGAGUGAGAGCAUCGGUUUCAGGGGCAGAAGGAAAGGAGCCCUCAGCAACACCUGUUACUACUAUCAGUUUUCCAGCUGGCGACCAUAGUGAACUGGAUACAGCCCCACUAGGUGUUCGCCAAGGACCUGAAGGUCAGUGUGCUACAGACGUCUCAGAGCCUCCAUCAAAAAUUUCAGGUGAUCAACCAGCCCAAGAGCAUCUGCCUGAUGAGCCAGGAGACAGCGACAGAAGGAAAAAAAGACUGACUUCUAAGUUGGGGCGUUCUGAGAGUCUGCGUGUGUAUGAGCGGAAACGUUCACAGAGGGGUUCAUCGAAGGGGAAACAGCCUCGUUCCAGAAGUGAUGUUGAUCUCGAUGCAGCCGUCAAAGCAUCUAACUUACAACAGCAGCAGCAGGUGCAGCAAGGCUCACUGACCCUUGAUCCUGGAGGGAGUGAUGGGGGAGAACCCCCGCAGCCCUUUCUGCCUUCCCAGUCUGGGGAGCUUGAGCCGCCUGUUUCGGAGGAUAACGACCCGCCAAACUGGCGUGACCUCGUUGGACCCGAGACCCUCUCCAGACUGACGAAAAGUGAAAUCAAGCGGCAAGAAGUGAUAAAUGAAUUGUUCAUGACUGAGCAUGCUCAUGUUCGGAUGCUAAAGGUCCUCAAUGAUGUAUUCUACCAGCCAAUGUUGGACAGAGCCCUUUUCACCAGCGAAGAACUCAAAGGCAUCUUCCCAGGCCUGGAUGACCUUAUAGAUUUGCAUGUUACUUUCUGUGAUAACUUAAAAAAGCUCCGCCAUGAAGAUGACUGUGUUGUGAAAGAGAUCGGAAAAGUGCUUCUAGAUAGGUUUGAUUCUAGUGAAGGGAUGUGGUUCCAGAAGAUCUCUUCCCGGUUUUGUAGCCAUCAGACAUAUGCACUGGAACAAAUCAAGCAGAAACAGAAGAAAGACCCACAUUUCAAUGCCUUCAUUCAGGAUGCAGAACGCAAACGACAGUGCAGACGUCUACAGCUGAAGGACAUUAUUCCAAUUGAAAUGCAGAGGCUGACUAAGUACCCACUACUGCUGCAUAACAUUGGCAAGUGUACUGAACAAGAAGAAGAAAAGCAACGGGUUUUGCAAGCAGCAGAUUGCUGUCGCAAAAUCCUAAACCACGUGAAUGAAAAAGUCCACCAAAUGGAAAAUCUCCUGUACCUAAGGGAUGUCCAACGUCGACUGGACACAUCAGGCCUCAAACAAGUCGACCCGCCGUUGGAAUACAGGACUAUUGACUUGACUCAUUAUGACCUGAUUCAUGCGGGCCCUUUGCUAUGGAGAGUGGGAAAGGAGAAGACUGUAGAUGUGACUGUUCUACUUCUUUCCAGCAUGCUGGUUUUGCUGCAAAAGCAGGAUGAUAAGCUGUUGUUGAAGUGCCAGUCUCGGAACAGCAAUGCGCUUGAUAAAGAAAUGAAGGAAAUGAGUCCCAUCAUAAAACUUAAUAGCACUGUACUGCUUCGACCAGUAGCUACAGACAAGAAUGCCUUCUAUGUGAUUACCUCAGACUAUGGUGUGCACAUGUACGAACUGGUGGCACAGACAGAAGCAGAACAGAGCCAGUGGAAAGAGCACAUUUCUAAAGUAGCCAACUCCAUAAAAGUAGCAAACACCAGGACUUCUGUAACAACUCCAUUACCGACCAGCCCACUUUAUGGCAAAUUCUCCAACCCCUUGAGCAGUGGGAGCAGGAUGCAGUAUACAGCAGUUCCAAAUGAUAACAAGGAUGAUGAAACUUUGGACCACGAACUAGGUUCAGACGUGAAGAGUAGUGCAGUAGAUGCAGGGAGGAGACUGAUACAGUACUUGCUUGAUCACAACGUCAACCUUUUUGGACAUGACCAGCUCUCUCAAACACAAAUUGCCAGCAGCGCUUUGGAAGAGGUUUCAGUGUUGAAGCGGAUGCUGGUGCGCAAUAUUCGUCUUUCGUUGGAUGAUUGCUCAAAAUUCUUCAACUCUGGCUUUGAUGGACAUAGCCUGAAUGUUCCAGAAAUUGGUAUUCAGUUUACAGCAGAUGGCAUAGACAAAGAGCGGAACAGUGAAGGGACAGACAAGUCUGACACAGAACAGAAGGAGGAAGUAGAUGAUGAGUUAGGAGAAGGAAUUCAUAAAUUGGAAAGUAGAACUGAAGAUGGAGUGGAGAAAUUGGAUGAGGAAGAUAGCAACACUGAAGGAGGUUACUUGAAGCUUCCAAAUCAUCAGUCACAAGAUUUAAGCACAUCCCAGGAAAGCAUCACAGAAAGCCAUACAAGGAGUGAUGAUAUUGACAGUGAAUCAAUGAGUGCCCCAAUCAUUUUAUCUCAGGAACAGUCUCAGGAAGUGCAGAAGAAAAUUUGGCUUCUAGAAAACAAAAUCAAGGAGUUAAAGGUUGUGGAAGAUGAAUAUUUUCAUUUGCGAGAGGCUUUAGUCCGGUUCACAUCAUCUUAGCACAGCCUCACAUGAAAACAGGAUUGCUUGGAGCAGGUCUUUGCUGGAGAAGGACAGAAGCACACCCGCAGCUUUUAGUCACCUGGAGCUGAAUCCUGUUGGAUUUACUCAACAACCUCAGCAGCAGAGACUGAGAAAUUAGCUUUUUUUUUUUUUUCCCUCCUACAUCACUUGCCAAGCUGGAAUGAACUGUGGACUGUUGAAUGGAAAAGCAAUUGUGAACCAUUGCUGUGAGUGGGGUUAGGACCUGAAAUACUAACUUAACGGCACUUUAAAGUUGGAAACUAAAAUAUUAUUCUACAGUUAGUGACACAAAAUAUCAGUGAUGCAGCUGCUGAAAAGUCAGUGAAAAGAUGCACAUUGAUGGUUUUAGAUAUGAAAUGUUCUAAAUGAAAAACUUCCAUUCAGCAUUGAUAGUCACUGUGUGUAUGCCAAGGGAAUCUACCUAACAAGGUCCAUAUACAAACUAACAGAAGAUCAUGAAAGUUUUGCUUCCUUUUGCAAUUGUUGUUGUACCAGAUUUUGUCAUCACUACCAUAGUAUUUUUUUUUUUUUUUUUGCAGAAUAGUUGUUUACCAAGUGGAAGUUAGAGCACUUUCUUCACCACAACUGCUGUCAUCCUUAUGACAUGUUCAGAACCAAGUAGGGAGAAGUUUUGGGUCACUCGUACCUUUGCCCCGAGCUGUAUAAGAGGUGCACAUUGGGUGUUUCCGUUACAAGCUUUGGAUUGCUGCAUGGUUCAUAUUAUUUGCAGCAGACUGAUUUGUAUAGUAGAGAACCUUUCAUUUUAGCCUUGCUUUCAUUAAAUGAACAAGGAUUGCCAAUCUAUUGGAUUUUAAAGUGAUUAUAUUUGUUGGGCGAUAGAAUUUCAUGAACACUUCCAGUUUUUCAGCCUUUUUGUUAAAAAGUAACAUUUCCCAGUUUACAUUUUCUGUUGAGGUUCACAGUAGUAAAAUACUGUUGCUAUAAAAGUUUUAGUAGAAUUCACGAUAUGGCCAUUUGCAAAUUCAUUCAAUGAAAUGUGCUCCUGAAACAGAUUUCCAGAGCAUCAGGGAGAAAACAGGCAUAGUUCCAGUUGCCUGUUCUGUGGACCCAAACAGCAUUCCACAUACAGUUUCUGUCUCCUACAAUAUUGAUUCCUCCACAGAUAUUCUGGGGACUACCAUAGUGCCUUUUUGUGUAAGUUUUAUAUCAGAAAUGUUUUUAUAUAUAUAUAUAUAUGUGUAUGUGUAUGUAAGAAAUGAAAGCACACACAAAAUAAGUAGUUGUAUAGAGGAAUUAAAAGAACUAUUAUUAAGAAAUGUUGUAUAGUUACUAUAUUUGGCUUAUUUUUAUUUAACUUUAUGCUGAUACUGGCCCUUUGAAAUCACUGAGGGGGAUUACAAAAGCCAAUAAAAUAAAUCAGUGUAUUCAAAUUUA